UAUCUACAAAGUCACAUGUCUCACGCGCAGUUCUUGGACCAGUGGAUCCUUUCGUUGCUUGCGACGCCGGCGAAAACUGAAAUCUCAAAUCCGAUGAGCUCGCUUCCGAUUCUGGCCGAAGCCGUACGUAGGAUCACAAGCUGAGACCACCUGUUCAUCUUGCUCCAGGCUUCCGGGCUCCGGCCAGUGUCAGUUCGCAGGCUAGUUACGUCCGAAUUCUGAGGUCACUUCGUCGAUUUGGUGGUGGUCAUGGCGCCUGGUCUGUUCGCCGCCGCCGCCGCCGCCGCCGCCGCCGCCGUGCUGGCCGCGGUGGCGUCUCUCGCGGCCCACGUCGCGCUCAAUUGCCACAUACAGCCGAACCCGUCGCCCCCGCCGCCGCCCACUCCUCGCUACCCUCCCAACAACCUCCUCCAGAGGCUGGAGAAGCUGGGAGAAGGGGCGCUGCGCGCGCCGGAGGACGUGUACGUGGACGCGGCGGCGGGCUGGGCGGCGUACACGGCGACGAGGGACGGGUGGCUGCAGAGGAUGCACCCCAACAACGGGUCGUGGGAGCGGUGGCGGUUCGUCGGCGGCACGGGGCUGCUCGGGAUCGCGCCGUCCGCUGACAGCACCGGCACCAUGCUCGUCUGCGACGCCGACAGGGGACUGUUAAGAGUUGGAGAGGAAGGAGUGACCCUUCUUGCUUCGGAGGUCGACGGCUCCACGAUCAGGUUCGCGGACGCGGCGGUCGAGGCCUCCGACGGCAUGGUAUACUUCAGCGACGCCAGCGCCAGGUUCGGUUUCGACAGGUGGAUGCUCGACUUCAUCGAGUCCCGCCCCACCGGCCGCCUCCUCAGGUACGACCCGCGCACCGGCGAGACGUCCGUCGUGCUCGACAGCCUUGGCUUCGCCAACGGCGUUGCCCUACCAAGGGACGAGGCCUUCGUGGUGGUCUGCGAGUCGACGAGGUUCAGAUGCAUGAAAGUGUGGCUAAAGGGGGAGAAGGCUGGCAUGGCAGAGACGUUCAUCGACAACCUUCCGGGGGCUCCAGAUAACAUUCGUCUCGGUUCAGAUGGUUCAUUCUGGAUUGCCCUUAUCCAGCUGAGGUCGCCAAGGCUCGACUUGAUCAACCGCUGGAGCUUGACGAAGAGGAUCGUCGCUUCAUUCCCUGCGCUCAUCGAGUGGAGCAAGGCAACGGCAAAGGGCGCAAUGGUAGCUCAGGUGUCAGAGGAUGGUAAGAUCAUCCGGUUGCUUGACGACUCUGAAGGGAAGGUGAUCAACUUCAUCACAUCGGUGACGGAGUUCAAUGGAGAUCUCUUUCUAGGCAGCCUUUCGACAAACUUCAUAGGGAAAUUAUCUCUGGCACAGGUGACACAGGUGACAGAUUCAGUUUCUUAGUAGACCUUUAGGGUUUCCAUCAUCGGUUUCUAUCAGGAUAAACUUAGGGAACAUCCACCACUGUAUCAGCAUUGUCAGACGCGGCUAUGAUGUGCGGUAAUCAGCUACCAGUUACGUUUCAAGAGCUGUAAAAGAUUCAAUAAGAAAGGUUGUAGAGUGAAUAUAUUCUGUUCAGCCUUCAGCUCUGCUUGGGCAUGGUAAUGGCUUUCAGGUGCUCCUCGAUUUCAGCUCCUGUCGGCAGUCUGAAAAUUGGAUAAUCUUUCCUGA